CAUAGCAAAGAGUAAGCUUUCCAAACGGCAAGUAUUUGGUGUUUCCCAUCCAUGUGGGCGGUGAGGUGUCUUUAACAGUGUGCAGGCGCGUCCGCGAAUGAGGAACAGGAGGAGGAGGAUGUAUUUAGGGGAUACACCGUACUGAUCCCGCUCAUCCAACCACGCACCAUGGACAGCGUCUCUCGGCUGGUCCCAGUAUUAAACAGGCCUGGCGGUACGGCUGGCUCCACGGUAUCCCCACCAUGAUGAGAGCACGGCGGGGCAGGGCAGGGGCAGGGCACGGUCAGUCCGCUAUGGCCACCAGCUAAUCAUGGAGCCUCCCAGAUGAUGUGACUGCGGCAGGCGGGCGGAGAGAAACAGGACGUAGUGGUGGAAGACGCGGCGUUAUCUCCGCGCCACCAUGUCUCCACCAGCGUCGGCGGCGACAGCCAGUGAGAGCAGCACCACCACUGUUUUUGAAGAGGACGCCAGGGAAGAGCAAAGGCCCCUGAAGCAGUCCCUGAGCAAGUCCCUCUGCCGGGAGAGCUUCUGGAAGUGCCUGCUGCUCUCCCUCCUCAUGUACGGCUGCAUGGGCGCCAUGGUGUGGUGUCACGUGACCAAGGUGACCCGCCUCACCUUUGACAGUGCCUUCAAAGGGAAGUCCAUGAUGUACCACGACAGCCCCUGCUCCGACGGCUAUAUUUACAUCCCCCUGGCCCUGCUGGGCAUGCUCUACGUGGUCUACCUGGUGGAGUGCUGGCACUGCCACGUCAAGAACGAGCUUCAGCACAAGGUGGACGUGGAGGGCGUCUACGAGCGCGUCCAGCGGAUGCAGCAGGCCAAGCCCUGCAUCUGGUGGAAGGCCAUCAGCUACCACUACGUGAGGCGCACCCGGCAGGUCACGCGCUACCGCAACGGCGACGCCUACACCAGCACGCAGGUGUACCACGAGCGGGUCAACACGCACGUGGCGGAGGCCGAGUUCGACUACAGCCACUGCGGGGUGAAGGACGUCUCCAAGCAGCUGCUGAGCCUGGAGAAGGCGGCCAUCACCAAGCUGCGCUUCACCAAGUGCUUCAGCUUCGCCAACGUCGAGUCGGAGAACUCGUACCUCACCCAGCGGGCGCGGUUCUUCACGGACAACGAGGGCCUGGACGACUACAUGGAGGCCCGCGAGGGCAUGCACCUGAAGAACAUCGACCUGAAGGAGUACGUGCUGGUGCUGGCCGACCCCGACCACCACCCCUGGUACCUGUCCCACGUCGUCUUCUGGCUCACCGCCUUCCUCACCCUCUCCUGGCCGCUGCGGGUCUUCACGGAGUACCGCACCGCCUACGUCCACUACCGCGUGGAGAAGCUGUUCGGGCCCGACUACCCGGCGGUGACGCCGAGCGACGAGCGGCCCUUCCCGCGCCGCAUCCCCCGCGUCAACACCAUCGACAGCACCGAGCUGGAGUGGCACAUCCGCUCCAACCAGCAGCUGGUGCCCAGCUACUCGGAGGCCGGCCUCAUGGACCUGGCCCAGGGCCCCUCCGGCUUCGGCGGCUACAGGCAGAACUGCGAGCGCUGCCACCGGGCCAUCAGCUGCUCCUCCGUCUUCUCCCGGAGCGCCUUGAGCAUCUGCACCGGGGCCAGCGCCCGCAUCCCCUUCAGCGGGAGCCGCUUCUCCCUGUCGAGGCGCUACGGCUCGCGCAGCAGCUGCUUCUGGCGGAGCGGCAGCCUGGACGACCAGGAGAGCCCCAGCGAGAACACCCGCUGCCUGUCGGAGCGGCAGACCACCGACGACGAGGACCCGCCCGACUACCAGGACGCCCUCUGCUUCCCCGUGCUCAUCGUCCACUGCAGCGAGAACUGCCACGACCACCGGUCGUUCCACCGGAACGGCUCCUGCGUGGAGACCUCGCUAUGACGGGGGCGGGACAGAUGGUCGGCAGGGCGACCGGCUGCUGUAGCACGCAGGGACACCGGACGUCGGGCGAGGUUUCCUUUGGGUUAGGUUGGGUCGAGGUGUGGGGUUACGCAACGCAAAGCCCCCCAAACACACACACACACACACCCGCACACACAGGCUGUGUCCCAACUGAUUGAAACAAAAUCGAUCCACUUGAAAACCACCAAAGCAAUAACUAAGUAAUGUGUCAGUGGAUAUGGGUUUUCCAUCUGUUAACGACGCGGGAGUGUGUGUAUCCACGUGGCAUCUAAUGAAAACCAUGAAGACGUAGGCUGUUAUACAAUGCUGUAGCAUUUAUUUUACCUUACAAGCAUCUGGAAAUGAAACUGGCAAUUACCUCAGAAAAUAUCGAGCAAGCCACGGAAAAGAAGGGUGGAAUUCUGUAAAUGUACCUGACAUAUCUUGAGGAGAAUGUUGAAACUUAAAUGCAAGAACAUGUCUGGAUUUACACUGAGACAUGUUUUGUUUUCUCUGAAAAGGGCGUCAAAGUUCACAUUUUGUACAGCAAUAACUACGACGUACCCACCCAAGAGAAGAAAAUCGAAAAUGAAUAUCUCAAAGAAGUAGAAUUCAUAACGAAACCAAUUACAUAGCAUAGGCCAAAUGUGUACAAUAACUCUAAGAAAAUGUUAAGGUUUCUGAGGUAUCUGUUUCUAUGAUACAUAAUUGACACAAUUGAGUGGACAAAGGAAAGGAUACAUAAAUGAUGCAUCAAUUUGUGACUUAAAAGCAAGGUUGGGUUCGGAUUAUUUUGAUCUAAUACUUCCUUCAAAGACCAACACCUUCCCUGAAAUGGUUGGCUGGGCCAAGGACAUCAUAUUCGCCAAGGAAACCAGAGUUGGGCUUGCCUACAUAAGAUUACAUCAGUGGUAUAAGGGCUUGCCCAGCGAACAGUAUAUAUUUAUAGUUAUAUUGAUACAACAUAUGGCCUAGCAUAAGGCUAUUUGUAAUCUACUGCCAUGGAGAAACAUGCCGGCAACUGUGUUGUAAAUACAUAAACACAUGUUAUUACAGUACUAUCAUGGUGGCUAAUGGGAGGUUUAUGCCUUACAAGGGAAAUUCAUUCUUCACAUCGUAUCAACAACACCCUUAAAGUCAUCUGUCAAUUAUGAAGUGUGAGAAGCAUACAUCAAAUAAUAUCGAUAAUAUUAAUAUCAAAACCUAAUUUGCAUGAUCUCCUACUGUUAACACUGAAUGUAUACACAAACAUAUAUGAACAUGAAUGUAAACCACCAGCAUAUUAUGUCAUACUAUAUGUCCAUUAAUAUGAAUGCUCGAUUUGUAAUUGGAAAGUGGCUGCAUUGCAAUUUGUAGUAUAUUGAGAUCGAGUGUCAAUGAUGACCACAUCAAAAGGCCCCGGUGGUGCGAUGUAUACGGCACCAUUGACUUUGGAUGUUGGCAUUUUAAUUUGCAUUAGGAGGCACUCGUGCCCUCAGGUCGUUACAGGUUGCGUAUGCAAGGACUGUACAUGCACUGAGGUUUACAUGUUGUUAAUGUAUGAACUUUGUACGACACAUUUAUACGACUUCUGGCAACGCUAUUCUACCACGUAGGCUAUACAUAAGGACAUCGUUCCUACACUUACGAUGCCAAUAUUAUGCACUUGAAGUGAAACUACUAGACAUUAUGGAUUGUAAUCAUGCUGAAUGUUGUUACAUGUUCCAUUCUAGUAAUAAAGUAUGCAUUCAACUAUUGUAAUACACUAGAUAAUAGAGGCAAACAUAGUUAUUGGAAACAUGUACAGUACAUGAGUUAUGGUACCACUUGUUAUUGUCCCCUUGUAAAUGAAUUGUUAUUGUGGGCUUGCAAUUGUACUUAUCAACCUUGUAAAAACAUUUCACACAUUAUAAAAGAAACAACUUUUUCUCUUGAACUUUUUAAAUAUGUUUUAUCUAAUGCUGGAGUAAGGAUAUUUGCAAUAAAUGUUAAGGACAUAUGUUCAACCAUAACUAUAAAGAAGAUUUGCAAAGAGAAGAAGGACCUCCUUUAUUUCUCCUCAAGGUGAAUUGGACCGUUGGUCAUAGGACUACUUGGUGAUGUGCAUUUAAAACGGUAACCGGCCCCUCCCAUGUAUCUGGUGUGUGUAUUUGUAGAGCUGUAAUGAUAUGGAUUCGAAAAACAAGCAUGCCAAGCACAAUGUUGGAAUUACCUGUUUAGUCAAUAAUUGAUAACAAAAAGUAUUUUGUAGGUAUAUAUAUUGAUUUGUGAGAAAAUAAUCAAUGUUCUACUCUGUGUCAGAUUGAAGUCCCGAGUACACCUAUGUUUUUACUUAAAUGGGACACAAAAAACUUUUUUAAAUAAUCUUAAUUGAUAUGUAACAGAUAAGCAAAUACUUUCAGGAUUUACCAAACCUUAAUUAACUACUUUAAUAGUCAAUAAUUAAAAUGAAAACAAGUCUGGUUGGGUUUCUUUAAGGGUCAUGGAUUCAGGCUCUAUUUUGCUGGGCACCACUUAAGUCACUUAAAUGUCGAUCAAUAAAUAUCCUUUAAUAAAACAAAGGAAUUCACUCCCCUGCCU